UCUGAACUUAGGUUAUAGGAGGCGAGCAUUACUGCCCGGUACAAGAUCCGAACAAAGCACAGUCCACCAAAACGGAUUUAUUUGUUUAUAUGUAUAUAUAAGUUUAAUCUUAAGGAGAGGCAUAGCGUCGUGAAUGGAUUGUCUGGGAUCUGAAAAUAUCAGUUUUUCGCCCGUGCGGUCGCCUCCAAGGAAAUCUGACCCCCAGCUGCAGGAGGAGCGCCGUCGAGCGCGAGCGUCAUCCGAUCUGACACCAGUCGGUUAUUAAACCGCUCGACACGGACGUUUUUCAAACGCAUUCGAGUUUGAUCACACAAUGGCAGUGUUUAGCUCACAGGUGCUACUUGCUGUUACAAGAUCGAGGGGGUCUUACCUUAUUUCUAAAAGACAUGGUUGUGCCUCGCUCCCUUCGACAGCAUGCAUACGUUACCACUCUGAGUACUUCGGACGGGCUUCCCUCACAGCCAAGUGUCCCAGGCCACUCUACCCAUGCUACACUUCCAGCUUCAUCCGCCCUGACUGCGUGUCUGCACGUCCCGUCCACAGCUCUUGUGCGUGGCUUCAGGAGGUGAAGGAUACGGUUGAGCCAGCUAAGGAUUGCUCUGUUCCCGCUGCCUCUGGCACUCAAUCGCCUCCACCAGCAGUGCCAAAGAAGUCUCUGGGACAGAGAGUACUAGAUGAACUCAAACAUUACUAUCAUGGGUUCCGUCUCCUGGGGAUUGACACAAAUGUCGCUGGCAGGAUGGUUUGGAGGUUAUUGCACGGGCAGCAGCUCACUAGGAGAGAUAGGAGAAGGCUGAUGAGGACAUGUGCCGACUUGUUCCGCUUGUUACCCUUUAUGGUCUUCAUCAUAGUUCCCUUCAUGGAGUUUCUGCUUCCCGUUUUCCUCAAGCUCUUCCCAGAAAUGUUGCCUUCCACCUUCGAGACGGAGACCAAAAAGGAAGAGAAACAUAAAAAGGGUCUUGCUGCCAAAUUGGAGCUUGCCAAAUUCUUGCAGGAGACUAUCGCUGAGAUGGCCAGAAGAAACAAAGCAGCUGUUGGAGACGAGACUCAGAAGUUCUCAAUUUAUGUGCAACAGGUGAGGCACACUGGGGAACAGCCCAGGACUAAAGACAUUGUGAAGUUCUCGAAGCUCUUUGAGGACGAAUUGACGUUGGAGCAUCUGGAGCGGCCACAGCUGGUAGCGUUGUGCAAACUGCUGGAGCUGCAGCCCAUCGGCACCAAUAACCUGCUGCGCUUCCAACUCAUGAUGCAGCUGCGCACCAUAAAGGCCGACGACGAGAUGAUCUCCUCCGAGGGUGUUGUUGGAAUGAACGUAGCAGAGCUUCAGGCAGCCUGCAGGAGUCGCGGGAUGAGAGCUCUGGGUUUGACCACGGAUCAGCUCCGACAGCAGCUGCAACAGUGGCUCGACCUCCAUUUGAAAGAGAACGUCCCACCAUCCCUCCUGCUGCUCUCUCGUGCAAUGUACCUCACAGAACUCGCUCCUAAACCCCCUGUCAUCCCACCCGUGCCCAAACUGGAGAAGGCCAUUCCUCCUGUGGAGAGCUAUGCUUCAGCCGAAGGAAAUUCACAGUCGUCUUCUGUGGAAGUGAUGGUGGAUUCCGCGCCUGUCAUCAAAGACAAAAAGUCUGAAGAGUUGUUGGAGAAAACCAGAGCGUUGGACACACCAUCAGCAGAAGCACAGUUAAUACAUGCUAAGGAGGCAGAAUUGUCACAGAAGUCCAAGAUGAGUGCUAAUGGAAUGUGAGAGAGGCCUCUGGUCACCACAGAAAACCUCAUUCUUUUGGAGAAGAUAGUAGAGGAUCUUCUGUCUUUCUCUCCACUGCUGUUGUUUGUGCUGAGAAAACAUAUCUCUCCUACAGUGCUGGCUUAUACGGGCCUUGAUGCCCUUCUGUGUGUCACAUGUAAACAUACAAACACCCUUCACAGAGACCUGAUGGACAACACAUAAAAUACAUCACUCAAAGAAAGAGGGAUCGGUUGUGGUUUAUCUCCUGAGAUUUGUAAAGACACUUAAUAACAGUUGGGGCGAAACCUCUCACCCCUGCACUCCAGCCCAACGUGCGUGAUGUGUUUGCGACCUUCAGUUCUGACAAAUUUCAUUUGAUAAUCGCAACGCGGUUCAGCCAGAAAAUGUGUAAGGAACUUGCAGACUUGCCUUUUUUGAACAUCAUUGUGUAAAUUUGUAAAUAAAUUGUAAGAUACCUUCA